AUGCCUGGUGGACUUUACCCUCCUCUGGAGGUCUCACAGAACUGGCCAGCUGCCAACUUUGUGAACCCAGAGCUGCGAUCAGACGCUAUCAUCAUACUGGCCUAUAUCCUGGGACCACUCAGUCCACCUACAAUUGCUUUGACAGCUCUGUAUCCCCUUGCAACCAAGCAGGCUUUUGACAGGCACAUCUGGGAUUUGGAUGCUUUUACCGAUCCACUGCGCGUGGUCAUUGCCAGAAAAUACGUCUUGGCGGCCGAGACUAUCUUUUGCGUCGCUACUGGGCUGGUCAAGGUGUCUAUUCUCCUGUUCUAUCGCCGACUGUCAUCUCGUGUGGUAUCACGAGGGUUUUUCUGGACAACCUGGAUUGCGAUUGUAUACAUCGUUGCCUACAGUAUCGCCCUGACGGUUGCUCCUAUCGUCGGCUGCCAACCGAUAGAGGCGUUUUGGGAGCAGUUUAACCCCAUCAAGAGACUACAAGGGUACGAGUUCCAUUGCUUUGAUGAAGGUGCCGACGUCCUCGCCGCCAGCAUCAUCUCGGCGACGCAAGAUCUUCUCACUGCUAUCCUACCUACAUUUCUGUACUGGAACCUCCAGAUUCCUCUACAACAGAAACUGGCAUUGUUCGGCAUCUUUGCCAUGGGUUACGGCGUCGUUGCGCUGGGCGCGCUACGUGCCUACUACAGCUGGCACGCCUUUUACAACACUUACGAUAUCACAUGGGCCACGUACGACCUUUUCCUCACCUCUCUCCUCGAGCUACACAUUGGUUGCUUGUGCGCCAAUGCUCCAGCCCUCAAGGUCUUCUUCAAGCAUUUCUUCCAGGAGAAGCUCACGUCAAGAUCACGAACCAAGACACCGGUCGGCUCCAAGGACCGUGCUAGUCCAAACGGCUCAUCGAAGCCAAGCAAGUCUAGCUUAUGGAGCAAGAUAAGCUCGGUGCUUGAGACCGGAAACGAAAGCGGGAUGCGUAGUACAAGAGGAUACCUUGACUCUCAUGCCGGUAUGACGGUAGACUCUCACGGCGGUGUAUUUGUCCAAAAAGACAUGCAGGUUCAUCACUCGCCAGCAAACAGCGUACCUGAAAGCCCUGCUGGAAGACCUGUUUCAUCUAUGACCAAUGACAAUAUUGUCGAUCACUACUACGACGAUAUUGAACUUGGUCUCUACACCACACGCAAUUCCGGUACAUCGAGUGUAUACUCGCCAAGGAGCUUUGACAAUGCCGCUCCCGGUGUUAUUCCACCGCUCCCCACAUCACCAUCAUUUGCUGCUCAUGAGCCUUUGACAGCACACCCUGUUUCUCCCAUUGUCGCGGAACCUCCUAAGAGUCCGGUACUUCCUGUACCGGCAGUAGAAAAAGCGACAUUUCAGAGGGCUCCUACACCACUUCCAUCACGGACCCUAAGCCACCAUCGACCAAGCUGGCAGACUUGGAUCUUGUGUUGUGAUGCAGAAUGGCGCCGCUUUCUUCACUGUGAGCUCUCUGUCAAAACGCAAAACAAAAAAGAGAGAAUACUACGACCAGCUCAAAAUAGGAAGGUGCGUAUCUUGACGAUCACGCCCUUUCAAAAGUCAAGUAACGACAUUUUCCAUCUAGAAGAAAAAAAACUCUCUGAUGACUCAUCUAAUACAAAACCCUCUCUAUCCCCUUCUCUGCCUCUCCACCCCCCACAUCAAUUCCUCCAACACCAAUUCUACACCAUGUCCUCAACCACUACCUCUCUCUCCCAACCAGCUCUCUACACCUCCUCAACCAUAAAAUCCACCCCCACCCUCUCCACCGCCCUAACCUCCCUCAUAAACUCCGCUUUCCACCGCUCAGCAACCUCAGACCCAAGAUGGGAUACCACUAUACCGCGCUUCGACUCACCGGACGAGCUAUGCAAGAUGAUAGGAGAUGAGCAGAGUAUGGUAGCUGUUAUAUAUUCUUCUAGACCCAAAACCAAGUUGGAAGACUCGGAGGGGAAGCAAGAAGAGGAUAGGGAAGUGGGGGAAAGAGAAAUAGUAGCCUGUGCAGCAGCCAUAUCCUGGAAGGGAGGCUGGCACCGCGAAGGCUCCAACUGCGAAUCCGGCUGGGAGAUCAAAACGGUGUGUGUGCACGAGGAGUUUGUUGGGCAGGGGCUUGCGAGUCGGUUAGUAGGGUUUCUCGGGGAUCAUCUAUGUGCUUGUGCGAGGGAGAAGGGGGAAAAGAACGGGAAAGUAACGCUCUGGCUUCUUGUUGCCGACGAUCUCAACGGCGCAUAUUGGCGUCGCAGAGGCUGGAGCGAAGUCCGGCGGAGGACCGAGGGACCGGGGGUGUGGGGGUGUAAGGGGGAGUUCGAUAUGGUGGUAUUGAGGAAGGAGUAUGUGUCGUAG